GAAAACCAGCCCAGCUCUGACUCUGCAGCUCUAGGAGAGGAGCCCAGCCCUGGGAUUCCCAGAUGUUUUCAUUUGUGGUCAGCACUGAACACAGAAGACUCAUCAUGGAGUUCGGCCUCAGCUGGGUUUUCCUUGUUGCUAUUUUGAAAGGUGUCCAGGGUGAGGUGCAGCUGGUGGAGUCUGGGGGCGGCUUGGCAAAGCCUGCGGGGUCCCUGAGACUCUCCUGCGCAGCCUCUGGAUUCACCUUCAGUAGCUACUGGAUGAACUGGGUCCGCCAGGCUCCGGGGAAGGGGCUGGAGUGGGUCUCAGCUAUUAAUAGUGGUGGGGGUAGCACAUACUAUGCAGACUCCGUGAAGGGCCGAUUCACCAUCUCCAGAGACAAUUCCAAGAACAUGCUGUAUCUUCAAAUGAACAACCUGAGAGCCGAGGACACGGCCGUGUAUUACUGUGCGAGAGACACAGUGAGGGGAAGUCGGUGUGAGCCCAGACACAAACCUCCCUGCAGGGGCGCGCCGGCCACCAGGGGGCGCUCGGGACCCACCGAUCAGAGUCAACCCAGAGGCCGGUGCACACGGAGCCUGAUUUCCUACGAUCCUUACCGAGGAGAUGAGAAGUUCCCAACCGUGGUCGCCACGAUCAGAGUCCUGAGGAAGCUCAGGCUUCCUGGUCCUGGUGGGAAGCCACCUGAUGUCUGUGCCCUUCCUCAGUGUCCACACCUUAGGGUCUGUGGUGAUCUGGGCUUCCCUUUUAAUCAAUCUCAGAGAUGCCAGGGAGGGCUUAGGAGACACCAGGGGGCGCUCAGGAACCACGAGGGGGUUCUCAUAACCACAAGGGGGUGCUCAGGACACGAGGGGCCACUCAGAACCACCAGAGGGCACUCAGGACACCAGGGGAUGCUCAGGACACCAGGGGACGCUCUGAACCACCAGAGGGCGCUCAAGACAAAAGGGGACGGUCAUAACCACCAGCGAUCGCCCAGGACACCAGGGGAUAUUCAGAACCACCAGGGGGCUCCCAGGACACCAGGGGGCGCUGACAACUAG